AAUAUUAAUUUAAAUUUAACAUGCAAACUCUAGUUUUCUUAAUUGAAUUUGACAUGAUAAAAAUUUGGCAUAUAAAAUAAUCAAAAGGAAUGGAAAUAAGAUAAAAGGGGAAGAAGCGAAAAAGUAUAAUUUAGUAAAAAAUACGUAAUUAAACAUUAUACGAGAAACUAAAUAAAAGACCAUAGUGUAAAAUAAAGUCAAAUCAAAUUGAAUAAAUGACCUAAAAUUAAACCGAAUCAAGUUAAAUUAAAUUUAAGUAAAUUAAGGGGAGGGCCUGGUUUAUGAGGUCUAAAAAUUGCAUCUUCUUGCGAUAUUUUUUUUUUUUAAGGAAAAAAUUAAUUAAGCACUGCAAAGUUGUUUAUAUCUUUUAAUGAACAUUUAAAAAAUAUAAAAAAAUUUUGUACUGGUUAAAAUAAGUUGAAAAAAAUGUUUAACAUAGAAAUUAGUAGAGCGCUGCAACGCUGGAGUUUCCAACUGGAGUACAAGAUACAGCUCGUAAUUAUUAUCUAAAGCAAAAAAUUCAAAUGGAUUUCUAAUUAUCAUGAUUUUUUAUUCUAGAUGAACUAAUAAAACUGAGAGAAAUUCCAAAACUUCAACUUUUUGGAGGUUUUAAAGAAAAAAAUGGCUUUCUAUAAAAAAAAUUCACUUCAACUUGGUAUAAAAAUCUUGAACAAUUUUUUUUGAUCUAUUUUGUUAGUUCAAAUAGAAGAGAAUUUAAUACUGAAGGGAACAAGCUAUGAUUAAUUUCAAAAGGUUAGUUUUUUUCAUUCAUGUACGCCAAUUCAAAGAAAUCAUAAAAAUGAAAAGUCGAGAAAAGAAGAUAAAGUUUGUACUAUAGCUGUCCGGUCACAGCGUAACUACCUAAUGCUCGCCUACCUUUGGCUUUGUAUCUACGGAAAUAUUGAGAAUUAGGCUCUGUAACUUUGUGUGAAUAUUCUGAAAUACCUAUAUUAGGAAUCGCUUAAAACGAAAAAAAAAAAUUGAUUUUUUUGACCUUAUUGAUAUUAAAAUAGCGUAGCAGAAAAGGGAAAGAAUUAUUCCGCUGAAACAUAUUUGCCUGUAGCGUUCAACGGCUCCUUCACAUAUCUAAUAAUAUAAGAUCUCGUUCCGGCACCUAUCACAGAAAUUCCAGUUGGUAAAUCCAAACUCAUAGAGGGGAAUAAAUCCCACGACUAAGUCAACAGUGGUUAUUAAUCACAUUAUAUCAUAAAACAUUUGAGAUAGCCUCCAUGACUCGAGGCUGCAUCGUUUUGUGCCAUUGACACGACGGAACUGCACUUUUUAACCCGGUGAACUUUUCAACUAAUCCAUCAACCUUUUCUUGUAGUUGCCCUCGACAUCGCAGUGAAAACACACAUUGGCAUCUCGGAAUAGUUUUCCGCUUUUGCUGCAUGACUGAGUUGUUUGGAUAUCACAGCAGCUAAAUACUUCUUGGCUCACUAACCCUCGCUGUAUCAGCUCCAUAGCUGUUUUGAAUGAACAAAAGAAAAUUAUUAGGUAUUCGUAUAUCCCCAACCCUUUUUCUAUAUUCGAAACUACAUACUACUUUUUCAAUCACUUGCGAUUUUCUUACUUCCUUUUCUUGUAUAAAAAUUAUAAAUAAAAUUGUCAUUUGUUACAGAAAAUUUUUUUAGUUGUCCAAAUUCUUAGUUUAUGUACAAACAAAAAAACAAAAAACCAAAUAAGAAACAAUUACAAAAUGUCGUUCAAUAAUGGCGGAACGGAUUUUGAUUUUCUCCUCACUGAGGAUUUUCUACUAUUCCUCGACUUAUGUCGCGAUCCAAAUCAGGUCUUCAAGCCGAAUUCCGGUGAAAGUUGCUUGGCUCAAACGUGGCUAGAUAAACUCUGCCGCUACGAAUGCAAAGAUUUAGAUGAACGACGUCUGCGCAAUAUCUACAUGAGUUAUCUGUGCUGUUGCCUUAUUGAGGGCGUGCUAAAGGGACCCUUCGCUAGUUACCCGCGUGCUGGUCCCUUACAAAGGGUGAAUUUCAAUCCCAAACAGAAGCAGCCGCUUUCCUGUCCUCCAUUGAGCAAAGUUAAGUCAUACAAGGAGUGUGAAGAUACGAAGAAUCGUUACAAUGAUAGCUGCGAACAACAACUGAGUAUUUGUUGUUGUAGUAAGGAUGAUAGAUUUAAUGAUGUCAGUGUCGGUGUUGGGGGCGGUGGCAGUGGUGGCAGUGGUGGCAGUGAAGUCAUGCGUUGUUGUCCAGAAGUACGUUUCAGUACAGAUAUACAAUGCAAGCCUGAAGAUGCGCCAAAGCGGACGUCGGGCCACGUUUUCAGCGAGUAUAUGCUGCGCGAGAUUACGUCGCCUGGUGCGUAUAACACUUUCAAAUCGUGUGACUCGUGUCAGGAAUAUGAUCCACAUGGGCAAGCGAAGGUGAUGAUGCGGCAGGAUGUGCAGAACUUAUUGCAGGCAAUUGGAGCAGAAUUGCGUGGUUAUGUCGGCUGUGGAUGCAAUGACUAUUUGGAAAGUGAAUUGUCGCGUUAUAAGAAUUUCAUAAUGAAUUUCUCGAGCAUAGCUUGCGCUUUGGCUAAGAUGGAAUCGCUACCGGCAUUGCGUUCGUUUCUUCUGAUAAAUUUACAAAAUGAUUUGAUUAAAUUACUUUCAGACAAUUGUCUUUGAGGUACGAGUAUUCCAUAGUAAGUGGAGAGUGUGGAGUAGUGUGAAAAAUUUGAGUGACGUGCGUGUAGAGUGACCUUUGAUAUAUUGACGAAAUAAAGUGAUAAUUACA